AUGUGGUUACAUACCACCGGAGUCCCUGUCGGCCAUGCCAUGAAGGGUGCACUGUGUUCCAGAGUGACCAUCGAAGUUGGCCUGCUGGAGAAGGGCCGUUUGACGCGAGAAAUUACGAGAGCCAGGUCAAUCAGCUUCACCAAUGACAGCUCUUUCAAGACAGCAAACAUUCAAUUUCAAUUUUCCGCCCUCCAGGCAAUAGCGCAUGCGAUUUUUUUGCCAGUUCAUACAAACGUAGAUCGAUUGCCUUCCUUCAAGACCCUGCCUGGUAUUUACCAGUCAUAUUACUGUUUUCAACACUAUCAGUGCUUGCUAUUUUCUAUGUGCAAUGAUGCUAUCAAUUUGUGA